UGCUUCGCGCAGGACCCAAGUGAAGCCUACAUGUUAACGAGGUUCAUACGUUACAUUUCAAAGCAAAGGUGCAUUUACUCUGUUCGCGACGUGUCGGACCCCCACGAACAAACCACUACUGGUACGUUUUGAGAAGGGACGGAAGACGUUUCACAUCGCUGGAGGGACUCCUGUCAUCAUCCCGUGGUAUCCCUGGAUGUGCUUGUUUGAGCUUGAUUUGCUGGAUUUGAGACUCUGCAGUGACAGACAGACUCGGAGCCGGGCGCUGGCAUCUCCAUUUCCCUCUCUCCCCUGCUCACAGAGCUGGGCCCAGCACAUCCAGAUGGACCUCCAUCGUGCCCCCUUCAAGAUGGAUAGCCCCUCUUACCUGCCCAACCCCCUGGCAUCCCCUGCCCUCAUGGUCCUGGCCUCCACUGCAGAGGCCGGCCGUGACGCCUCCAUCCCAUGCCAGCCUCCGCGGCCGUUCGGAGUGCCCGUGUCGAUGGAAAAAGACGUGCACCUGCCCUUCGCCGGAGGCGCCUACACCUUCACCUCCAUGUACCACCACCGGCAGGGGGCCAUGCCGGGAGGCUUCCCCGGCCGAGACUUCCCAGCCUCCCUGCUGCACCUCCACCCGCAGUUCGCCCCUCCCAACCUGGACUGCUCCCCCCUGGGGAUCCUCAACCACGGUGGGGUGGGCGCCUUCCGGCCCUUCUCCUCCCCGCCGGAGGAGCGUGACGGGGCCUCCUACCAGUCUGCCUUCACCCCCGCCGCCAAGAGGCUGAAGGCCUGCCUGGAGCCCGAGACGUCUCCCCACCUGCGCUACACUGAUGUUGAGGGGAAGGAGUACGACUUCCCUGUGGGCACUCACGUGCCCUCGUGUUCGCCGGGCUCGAGGCAGUCUGGUGAGGAUGCUGGGAAGAAGCUGUACUCCAUGUCGGGCCUGCUGUCGGAUGGAGAGGCCUCGUCCAGCCCAGAGGAGCGAAAAGAGCUCUCCAAGGUCAAAGGUCGCUGUGAGCCCGGCCAGGUGCCCGUGUGCCCCAUCUGCCAGGUGAUGCUGCGGCCGGGGGAGCUGCAGAGUCACAUGGAACAGGAGAUGGAGCGCCUCGCCCAGCUACAUCUCAGUAAAAGUCCCAUGCAGAAGGACUCUCUCACAGCACUGACACCUAAGUCUUUGCUGAUAGCAAUGCAUAUUAAGCGUGAGGGAGAUCCACCAAUUACCACACACCCUUUACAGCCUACAGAGGAUGUUCUUCUCUCUGACAGAUAUCAGACUUUUCUGCGAGUGAGGGCAAAUAGGCAAACAAGGCUGAAUGUGCGGAUCGGGAAGUUUGGAAAGAGACAGAAAACUGAAGAGAGCCAGAGGGAUGGAGUGUGUGUGGGAGAGGACGUUUCUGUGGACAUUGGCAGGGAGGACUACAUGUGGAGUGAGAAGAAGAGGCAGCACAUGGCCUCAUUCCUCAGGGGAAUUAAAGGUGUUGGCUUUGUCAGCAGCACCUCGAAAGAGAAUCACGACAGUGACGCAGACCUGGAUGUGGACGGAGAUGACACUCUGGAAUAUGGCAAAGCACAAUACACUGAGGUCGACGUCAUCCCAUGUUCAGGAGAAGACGGGCGGAAGGCCGCGGAGAGAGAAGCACGGAAAGCAGCAGCGUUAAAUGGAGGGGUGACACCACCAGGCAGUGGUCACUCAGAAUGCUCCAAGUGGACAGCUGAGGAGGCUCCAUCGACGAGCAACGGAGAGAACAGCAAACUGGACAGCAGUGGCACAAACUUCCUGCAGGGCACCUGUAAAAACAGCACCAUAGACAUCCUGUCUAAGGACUCCGGUCUGACCACCCUGGAGGCCCUGAAGUGUCGCAUACGGGAUCUGGAGAAACAGCUGUCACGGGGUGACAGAUACAAGUGUCUUAUCUGCAUGGACUGCUACACGAUACCUCUCACCUCCAUCCAGUGCUGGCACGUCCACUGUGAGGAGUGCUGGCUCAGGACUCUGGGGGCUAAGAAGCUUUGUCCGCAGUGCAACACCAUCACAUCACCCGGGGACCUGCGGCGUGUGUAUCUGUGAGUGGGAUCUAAGGGACAGUUGGCCUCCUUCCCCUGCCACUUCUCCAGUGCUAACCAUCGAGGUCUCUACCACUCCUGUAGUAACGGUCAAGGCCUGUACCGCUAUUGUGUUGGACGUCAGGCCUGCACCACUCCAGUGUUGACCAUUAGGCCUUCACAAGCAGCUCCAGCAUUAAUUGACAAGGCCUGCAGCACUAGUGUUGACCAUCAGGCCUAAACCACUUCAGUGUUGACCAUCAGGCCUAAACCACUUCAGUAUUGACCAUCAGGCCUAAACCUUGAAGGCCCCAACAACUCCGGUGUCCAACUACCAGCCCACCACAGGGUUGACUGACAGAGCCUAAACCACUUCAGUGUUGUCAGGUCUUCAUGGCUCCAGUGUUGACCAUCAGGCCUGUCGAACCACAGUGAACCGACAGAGCCAAUAUCACUUCUCCACCUCUUGACUGUCAAGUCUUCAUGACUCCAGUGUUGACCAUCCGAGCCUCCUGCAACACUAACCAAGGAGGACAGACUAAAUAAGGCAUUGUGGGAAAGCAGUAAUAUAGCAAUAUGGCAGUGCUGCGAUGGAGACCUGUUUCAUACGUAAGCUUUCACAGGAUCAAGACUCUUUUUGCCCCCCUCUGCUUCCACUAACUCUCUACGGUCCGAGUGUCUGAAGACAGACAUAGAUUGUCAAUGGUUAACCCUUGUUGUGACUGACUCAGAAACUCUUAAAUGUCUCAUAUUUUUAUCGAGCAAACCAGCUUCAAACUGAGAUUACCAGCUAUUUUUUGCCGUUCACGUUUUUACCAAUUGAUAGGUCUGAGAAGCACAUGCAUUAUUAUGUGGUGAAUGUUUACAAGGAUUAAUGUAUAUAUGUGUACAUAUGUAUUCAUAUUCCAGUCUAAAAAUAAGCAACAUGACAGCUAGGAAUCAUAAUGACUACAUUAUACUGUAACAGGGGGUGUUUCCUUUGAUGUGUUGUUGCCAUAACACCAAGAAAUAAUCAUUCCACUUUUGUACACAAAGCAUUUAAAUAUAUAGGCCUACAUAUUCAUCAUUCCUAACCUUUUGAUGUUGGACUUCUUAUUUACUUGAUAGAAUGAUGUGAGGGUUUACUCAUUAUGCAGGUAGAUGUCAAUCUCAAUUUCAGAAAGAGAGAGAGAGGUUCUAGAGGACUUCUUUCUCCUCUGUCAAGAUUCAUGCAUUUAAAAUAUCUCCUUACAGCAAACAAGACACUUUGCUAUCCAUAUUUCCCAAGUUCUUAGACAUAUCACACAUAACAAUCUAUUUGUAAUUCUAAGGUUUACAUAGUUUGCCACUCUUGAAUAUGUGUCUUUAAACACUGGUCUGUGUUAGAAUAAAACAGCAAUGGGAACAUGUCUUAACCAAUGGGGUGUUACAUUUUGCGUAGGCUAAGAAUCGCCUAACGCUGAUUAUGACCAUGUGUAUAGAUCUGUCUGUGUGUGUUGCAGGAGUCGGCAUUCUGAGGACCUUUCAUGUGUCCUUCAAGGCCUCUGGUGUUUUUGUUUGUUUGUCUUUUUCGUAUGCUGUGUUCUUUCCACGGGCAAACUCAAAAAAGGGUGUUAAUAAAAUGUCAAGCCUUAUGGAGUGAUUUUAAGAUGUUUUUCUCUUUAAAUGUGAUAAUAUAUGAGGAGAAUGCUCUAAUGUGGUAUUUUUAGCAAUAGUCAGCUGAUGUCAGAAUAUUGUACUAAAACUAUUAAGUAUUUCAUAGUUUGGAAAAGGAAUAUUUUAAUGUAAAUAUGUCAUCAUUUAAAUAAGGUAAAAAAAACAC